UUGCCCUCGGAGUCGUUCAGCAUUUCAAAAGGACCUCACAUGACAAACACCGCUACGCUCCAUCAUUAUCCCCCGCUCCCUCCCGCGCACUGCUGCCCUGCCCGGCCGUUCCGGGGCCGGCUCUCCCGGCCGAGCGCCGCCGCCGCCGCCCGCCGGUGCCUCCGGAGCGCCGGGCCCGCCUCCUCCUCUCAGGCGGCCGGCGGCGCUGCCCGCGCGGGCGGGAGGCUGUACAACCAGGGCAAAGGACACUUCCCCUCCGCCCCCCGCCCUUCCUGCGCCGCGGCCCUGACAUGACGGCGGCUCGCCGGCGCGCGGGCCGACGGGCGACCACAGAGAUAGGGAGAGGGACGGGUGCGGGACCGAGCGCACCGGUCCCGUCCUCCCUCGCACCCCGCCCGCCGGCUGGAUGCCGGAAGGCGCCUUCGCACCCGCCCGGCGCAGCCCCACGGCUCUGGGAUCGGGGAUCCGGGCCGCCCUCUGGGCGGAGGGAUACGGGGCGGAGCCGGCGGCGCGGUCCGCCGGGGCGCUGAGUCCCGUUGCCGGGUGACGGAGCGGCCGGCCCGGCCCCCUCCCUCCCUCCUCCCUCCCCGUGGCGCUGGAACCGCCGCCGCCGCCGGUUUACGUAACGCCUCCCGGGGCAGGUCCCGGCUCCGUCCCGCCCGCCUCACUCGGGGACGGCAGCAGCGGGACGGAGUCCGCCGCCUCCUCCGGCUGCCAGAGGCCCCAGGGCCCCGCUCUGCGCCGCCACGGCAGGUCCUGCUGGGGACUUGCAUCUGGCCUCAAUGUGAAAUUAAGGUAGAAAAACACAUCUACAUAUGUGUUUGCUAUUAGGAUUUAGUUUAUUCACUGGUCAUGCCUGAAGAGUGAUGUUCGUCUCUAGUCGGCUAACAGCCAGGAAAUAUAAAUGAUUGUCCUAGAAGUCCAGCCUCUCUCCUAUUUACUGGAGUGAAAAUCACCUCCAGAUACCGACGGAAAAUCAACUACAGAAAAUGCUUCACGUUAUAAGGAUGCCAACCACCUAGAUUCAUGCGCCCUAUCUGUACAGUUGUUGUGGAUGGUUUGCCAUCUGAAAGCUCCUCAAGCUCUUAUCCAGGCCCUGUAUCUGUUUCUGAAAUGUCUCUGCUACAUGCUUUGGGUCCAGUGCAGACCUGGCUGGGACAAGAGCUAGAGAAGUGUGGCAUUGAUGCCAUGAUUUAUACUCGGUAUGUCCUCAGUCUUCUGCUGCAUGAUAGCUAUGACUACGACCUGCAGGAACAGGAGAAUGACAUCUUCCUGGGCUGGGAAAAGGGAGCUUACAAGAAAUGGGGAAAGAGUAAGAAAAAGUGCUCUGAUCUAACACUAGAGGAAAUGAAAAAACAGGCUGCUGUCCAGUGUCUUCGCUCUGCUUCUGAUGAAAGCUCCGGGAUUGAAACGUUAGUGGAGGAGCUUUGCUCCAAACUGAAAGACCUUCAGAGUAAGCAAGAGGAGAAGAUUCACAAAAAGUUAGAAGGCUCUUUGACUCCUGAGGCUGAUCUAUCUCCCACAGCAAAGGAUCAAGUAGAAAUGUACUAUGAAGCAUUUCCUCCUCUUUCUGAAAAGCCAGUUUGCCUGCAGGAAAUUAUGACUGUAUGGAAUAAAUCCAAAGUAUGCUCUUACUCUAGCUCCUCAUCUUCAUCCACUGUUCCACCAACUAGCACGGAUACAUCUUCUCCAAAGGACUGCAAUAGCGAAAGUGAAGUAACUAAAGACAGAAGUAGUAAAGUGUCUGCCACUGUACAGGAAAGAAGCCAGCAGAAGAAGAGUAAAAACGAGAAAGAAAACAAGUUUAGUAACAACACUGUUGAAGAGAAGCCCGUUUUGUACAAAAAGCAAGUCCGGCAUAAGCCUGAAGGAAAGAUGCGUCCCCGCUCCUGGUCAUCCGGGUCCAGUGAGGCUGGCUCAAGUUCUAGUGGUAAUCAAGGUGAAUACAAGGCAUCCAUGAAAUGUAUUAAAGUGAGACACAAAACAAGAGAGGUUAGGAGUAAAAAAGGGCGUAAUGGGCAGAGCAGGCUGUCAGUGAAAUCCGGUGAAAAGGUUGAUAGAAAAGUCCACAGCGGAAGCAGCAGCAGCAGCAGCAGCGGGUCCAUCAAACAACUGUGCAAAAGAGGUAAAAGGCCAUUAAAAGAAAUUGGAAGAAAAGAAGCUGGCGGUAGCGAUGGAAAAGAUUUGUAUUUAGACAGCAGAAAUGAAAAGGAAUAUAAAGAAGAGCCCUUGUGGUAUACUGAGCCGAUUACGGAGUACUUUGUUCCUCUUAGCAGAAAAAGCAAGCUGGAGACUACGUACCGCAACAGAGAAGAUAUAUGUGGAGUAACAUCAGAGGCUGUAGAAGAGUUGUCUGAAUCAGUGCAUGGUCUUUGUAUUAGCAACAAUAAUACUCAUAAAACAUACCUCGCAGCAGGUACUUUCAUCGAUGGUCACUUUGUAGAAAUGCCUGCAGUUCUAAAUGAGGAUAUUGACCUCGCUGGGACCUCAAUAUGUUCUCAACCAGAGGACGACAAGUAUUUAGAUGAUGUUCAUCUAUCAGAACUAACACACUUCUAUGAAGUGGAUAUUGAUCAAUCCAUGUUGGAUCCUGGUGCCUCAGAUACGAUGCAAGGGGAGAGUCGGAUUUUAAAUAUGAUUCGACAGAAGAGUAAAGAAAAAACUGAUUUUGAGGCAGAAUGUUGCAUAGUGUUAGAUGGAAUGGAGUUGCAAGGGGAAAGUGCAAUAUGGACUGAUUCGACCAGCUCUGUUGGUGCUGAAGGGUGGUUCUUGCAAGAUCUUAGUAAUUUAGCUCAAUUUUGGGAGUGCUGUUCAUCUUCUAGUUCUGGUGAUGCAGAUGGGGAAAGUUUUGGAGGAGAUUCUCCGAUCAGAUUCUCCCCCAUCCUAGACAGCACAAUGCUUAAUUCACACAUGCUUGCUGGCAAUCAAGAGCUCUUUUCAGAUAUUAAUGAAGGGUCUGGUAUAAACUCUUGUUUUUCAGUGUUUGAAGUGCAAUGCAGUAACUCUGUUUUACCAUUUUCUUUUGAAACACUCAACUUGGGAAAUGAAAAUGCAGAUUCUAGUAGCACUGCUAAUAUUCUUGGGAAAACACAGUCUAGGUUGCUAAUAUGGACCAAAAAUAGUGCCUUUGAUGAAAAUGAACACUGUUCUAAUCUUUCAACAAGAACCUGUAGUCCAUGGUCACACUCGGAAGAAACACGUUCAGACAAUGAGACUAUAAAUAUUCCAUAUGAAGAAUCCACGCAAUUUAAUGCAGAAGAUAUUAAUUAUGUAGUUCCUAGAGUGUCUUCGAAUUAUGUAGAUGAAGAAAUUCUAGAUUUUCUGCCAGAAGAAACCUGCCAGCAACAAGCUAGAAGUUUAGGAGAAAUGCCCACUUUGAUUUUCAAAAAGAAAUCUAAGCUAGAAUCUGUCUGUGGUAUUCAGCUAGAACAAAAAGCAGAAAGUAAAGACUAUGAAACUACACAAGGGUGUAGGGAAAGCAGUCCACAUGGAGAUGGCUACAGCUCAGGGGUUAUUAAAGAUAUUUGGACAAAUAUGACAGACAGAAAUUCUGCAGCGAUGGUAGAAAUAGAAGGAAUAGAAGAUGAAUUGUUUUCAACUGAUGUAAAUAACUAUUGCUGCUGUUUGGAUACAGAAGCAAAAGUUGAAACCCUUCAGGAACCCAAUAAAGCAGUGCAAAGAUCAGAGUACCACCUUUGGGAAGGUCAAAAGGAGAAUGUAGAGAAGAGAUCCUUUGUCUCAAAUGAUUUAUCAAAAGUAGAUGGUGGUGACUAUACCACACCAUCAAAACCCUGGGAUGUUAACCAGGAUAAAGAAAACUCAUUUAUACUUGGUGGUGUAUAUGGGGAGCUCAAAACAUUUAACAGUGAUGGAGAAUGGGCAGUGGUGCCACCCGGUCACUCAAAGGGGAGCUUACUGCAGUGUGCAGCUUCCGAUGUGGUGACAAUAGCUGGCACAGAUGUUUUUAUGACUCCAGGUAAUAGCUUUGCCCCUGGCCACAGGCAGUUAUGGAGGCCCUUUGUAUCAUUUGAACAGAACGAGCAAUCAAAGAGUGGAGAUAACGGAUUAAAUAAGGGUUUUUCUUUUAUCUUCCAUGAAGACUUACUGGGAGCUUGUGGUAACUUUCAAGUCGAAGAACCAGGGCUUGAAUACUCAUUCUCUUCCUUUGACCUGAACAAUCCAUUUUCACAAGUUCUUCAUGUAGAGUGUUCAUUUGAGCCAGAAGGAAUUGCAUCCUUCAGCCCUAGUUUUAAGCCUAAGUCGAUCCUGUGCUCUGAUUCAGACAGUGAGGUUUUACACCCCAGGAUAUGCGGUGUUGAUCGAACGCAGUACAGGGCCAUACGGAUUUCUCCGAGGACUCACUUUCGCCCAAUUUCUGCAUCUGAACUUUCUCCAGGUGGUGGAAGCGAGUCAGAAUUUGAGUCAGAAAAAGAUGAGGGAGGUAUUGCUGUCCCUCCUCAAGUAGAUGUAUUUGAGGAUCCACAAGCAGAUCUCAAACCUCUGGAAGAAGAUGCAGAAAAAGAAGGGCAUUAUUAUGGAAAAUCGGAGCUUGAAUCGGGAAAAUUCCUUCCCAGAUUAAAAAAGUCUGGAAUGGAGAAGAGUGCACAGACAUCAUUGGAUUCCCAAGAAGAGUCGGCCGGGAUGUUGCCAGUAGGAAACCAAGAUCCCUGUUUAGAAUGCAGUAUGAAGGAAUCUCUAGAAGGGAGAGCGGUGGAGAGCUCUAAAGUAAACUGCAGAAUAGUGGAGCCACGUGAGGAGACGGGCAGGUUUUGCAGUUGUAAAGCAGGGUGUCAUUUCCCCGCAUACGAGGAUAAUCCUGUUUCUUCAGGAGAGCAUGAAGAGAGAAUGAGUGGCAGCCAGGAAAAGCAAUGCUGGUGGGAAAAGGCGCUCUAUUCUCCCCUUUUUCCUGCAUCACAGUGUGAAGAGUGCUAUACAAAUGCCAAGGGAGAGAAUGGUGUAGGAGAACUUGCAGAUGUAAAGGAAGUAUCCAAUGAUGAUGAACAUCUUUUAGAUUUUAAUAUGGUGUCUUCUGUUUAUGAAGCAAGAUGUGCAGAUGAUAUAAAUGCUGAGGCAAAACCAAAUGGCUUCAGGAAGAAGAUCUACUCCAGUGAUAGCUCCAGCUCUGAAGACACAGCUUCAGAAGGUGGAAGCGAAUGGGUUGAUCCGUGUGAGGAGGAGCUUUUUUCUCGAACUCAACUGUAAAAACUGCAGAGUAGAACAGAUGGUUGAAAAGUAACAUGAGAUGGAAAACUAUCUUUCUUGAGGGUCUGUAGCUCUAAAACAACAACUUGAGUUUCCUCUUCAGUUAAUGGAUUCAGAUGUGUAUUUAUCUUUCUCUUCUUGCUUAUUUUAUAGAUGAGGACACAGCUGUCCUGUUGAAGAUUUUGUUUUCCCAAAAAAUACUGUUAAAUUCUUGGCUAUUUGAACUAGACUAGAUUGUGUUGUCAAAUCAAGAAUGGAUGUGCAUGUGCUUGUCUUAGUAGUACCACUGCUUUUUUGCAUCUUAAUUGCAGUUAUUUUCUUUCGUAACUGUAGCCCUACCACUAUUACGAUCUUCUUAGCAUCGCAGUGUCUACAACUACUUCUGCUAUUCAGAGACUUCAGCUUUCUGCACAUUAGGCUUUGUUCUCUAAGAACUGGGAGAUAAAUACUUAACACUGUAAUCUAUCAGUGCCUUUCUGAAUGCAGGAGAAAAGCAUGAAUGACUUGUCCAGUCUUCAUUCAGUAAAUCUCAUAACUUUGAAGUAGGAACAACAGGGUUGUGCUUUAGAGACUUACAGAAACUGUGUUUUCUAUCCUAUGAUUCCCCCCUCCCACAAACCAACACUGAGGAUACCAUGGUUUGUAUUUUUGCUAACUGGAGAAGCCAAGGAUUUUUUGUAGGUAUGGAGGCAAUGUGGGGUUUUUUUCCUUUUUUUUUCUUUUUUUUUUGUCCUUUUUAGCGAUUUGCCAAUGUGGGGCAGAAGUUCAAAAAGUAACACCAAAAAUAAUAAACCACUGGGGUGAUGUGUGGAUUGUUGUGAAUUUUGUUAAUGAGAAUGUUGUCUUGUUGCAGAUGAAGGCAUUCAUGUAACCUGCAAAAGCAUCCUGUAACUGAACUUGAGCCUGAAUGACUGAAACUCUCUAAAAUGCUCAGAGUGUUCAAUGUUUUAAAUGCAAAGGGUCAGUGCUUCACUUGAAAGAAAUCCUGUGGCUGCUGCAGUUAGCUGCUGUUGUGGCUGUAAUUUAGUAAAUCUCGUAGUUCAUUUUGUGUUUCUGAGAGAAUGUGUGGGGCAAGUUACGUGUGUGGUGGGUGGGGGUAGGGAAGGUGAUGACUUACAACAUACAUGUGUGAUUGCAGUAGUGAUUGUUGCUUUAUGUGACUUGCUUUUAAAUUUUCUUUUGUUAACCUAGAAAGUCAAUACAUUGUCAAGUUGCAUCUGUACAAGACUAUCAACUCCUUCUGCUUUUAACACAUUAUGCAAAAUGUAUAAGCCAGGAGGAGCAAUAUUUGCAAAACUAAACACUCUAAGUUUUUACCAACUCCUAGUUUAAAAAGUGACAACAACUAACUAGUCUACAUGACCAUAGCAUGUCUAUAACACCAGGAAGUGCAGAAAGUCCAAUACUGACUUGAAAAGCUUCACCAUUAUUUUUGACAGGCAAUAAACCUCACAAGAAACAUAGCUGUUUGAAAUGUGAGCUGAACUGCCUUUGAAAUAUGUUCUGCGCUAGAAAUGCUUUCUGAGUAACUGGGUUUUGUUGCCUUUAUUCAAUUGACAGUGUAAGAAUUUAAAUACGUGGUUGGGAAACCAUGCCGGUCUUGCAACGCUUUUGGUGAGAUCCUUACUAAAACUGGCGUGGUUGCCCUUACCCAAGGACUUUCUUUUGGUCCUCCUCUUAGACUAUGUUUUAGGGUUUGUAUUCAUACAGCAAAUCUUUCGACACUUUACAGUUUCUUUUCUUAAUUUAUUUGCAGACUUUGAAUAGAUUUUUAUAUAUUUUACUUUCUUCUGGAGCUUCCUUGAGAGGUUGUUUAGCACCUGCACUGAAACUAGUUAACUGUAACAUGAAAGGAAAAAAGAACUUUACACACAAAUUCUUCAAAUCACUACAGUGAAGAAUGGAAUAGAACUUCAUUUGAGAACAGGAAAUGACCAAGGGGACAUAUUUCAAACACAAACUUCAGCUCAGUUAAUUCUGGCUAGAGCUUCUUCGUUGGUAAGAAAGGGCUCAAAAGUAACAAAGGUGUUGCUCGUAGUUACACUGUGGCAUGUAAUGAUUCCAGCACCUUUGGGAAAAUAAAAUCCUAUCUUGAGCUUGGGCAAUAACAAAUUGUCUUUACUUGUUUUCAUAGUUUAACGGCUAAAGCUCUAAGGCUUUCAGUGAGAGUUGAAGUGUGGUUUUUAGUUUUUCUCUAUGGAUAGAAACACACACCACCAACAACAACAGCAACAACAAGAGCAUUAAAGGUUGGCAUACGCUGAACCGCACUGUGGGAUGAAGCGCAUUGCAUAUCCAUAGCAUUGAAGUAUCAGUUUUCCAUUCCUGGGCUGAAAUUUGUUUCUACUUUUUGCUUCAAGUGGUUGUAUUGUUCUGAUUUCACGUACACCAGAGUAACUGAUUUUGUUUUCUUGUGGAGUUACUUAACACCGAAUAAAAAUAUAAAAGGACA